GCAUCCUGUAUGCACACGGUUAUUCCAAUAUCCUACGCGGAACGAGGGCCCCAGCGCUGAUCGCCUGUCAAAUGAUCGUCAUGAGUUGUUACCCUCUUGCAACAGGUUGUUGGCGACUUCUACAGCUUGUGCUCCAAAAUCACGUGAUCCCAAUUGCAUAGCCAUUCUAACAGCUAAAGCAACCGUUUGGAAUCGUGCUGUCAAAGCGUCAACUGACGCCUCCUGCAACACUCCGCGUACCCAAAAACCAUCACCUCUAAUUGCACCUGAGCUCUUCUCAACUGUUUAUCCCCGUCCCAUAUCUACACAGACAAGUCAUACGACAAGCAGAAACCUCGCAACCCAUCCUUCCCAUCAAUCCACCCCCCUUCUCCCUUUGAAGUUUGGAUCACGUCGACAACCACAGUUAUCCACUCGUAGAGUUGUUCAAAUUGGGUACGACGUCAAAUGGAGGCGAUUUGCUCUGGGUACAAGCAAGUCUCAUCGGACAGCCGUUUGUUUAGCACGACGUUUUCUGCAUGCACAUCAUCCCGGUGAUUGUCCUCCUUCAUUUUCCUCCCGCCGUCAACCUGAAAAUCGCAGCUCAUCGUCUUUGUCAGUACUGCAUCCCACGUCAGUGAAAUCUGAGCCGACCUGAAGGCAUUCUUUGUCUCUGCACACCCCACUUGCCUUGUGGAACAGCAGUCCCAUCCCACAUUCCGCCACUUUGUACUUCACGUGUCCUCUCAUGCUUCUCCCUAAGCAUGUUUGAUACUACUCGGUUUACAUAAGCUAAUUUGGUUAUUUUUCCGUUUUUGUAUGGGCAUUUUCUCUUGUGUACUUUGUGUUGCUUUCUCUUUUCUUCUGCUUUUAAGCAUUUCUUGCGUAUCAGAAUAUCAUGUUUGUAGUGUCCCACUCUCCCUACUGCAGAUUACCUUAAUCAUUAUUCAAACUUUGCGUCAUUUUCUUCGCUUUCUGAUUGAACCGGUUUUUCUCAUGGGCUAUUUGUGAUAUCUGUAAAAGUAUAUCCGAUUACGUAAUUUUUUCGACCUUUUCCAUGAUACUGUCAUUUCUGGUUUUAUCCACUGCGUCGCUACGGACUGUGCGUCCAGUGACAGUCACACGUACCGUACCCAAAACCGAACGCUGCUUUCUCUCUCCAUCUUUCAUGUCCAUUUUGAUCUGUUUCUUCUUAUAUCUAUAGACCUCGUUCACUACCCGUCUUUUUGUGCAAUUGUGAGCGUCAGCUGGUGAAAUUUAACACAAUGGAAACUUCACUUUCCAACUCCGGUUCUUUUUACAUCCGCGCAGCGGAAACAUCUUAUUGCCUGUUAGUGAGACAUUUACCGAUCCUGUGAAGUUAUAACCUGAAUUCCCACUGCGUGAUGUGUACAAUCGAACAGUGAACUCGACCUGAUUUCCUUUCUCGUCUUAUAAGUUUGUCACAAGUGUUUUAACGAGGACAAACCGACAUAUACUCUGCCGCACAGCAUUUAAACAAGUCUUUAAUUGUGCUGAUCGCGAAGUCUCGUUGCUUAGCAGCUCGGUUGCCUGAAUUCUGACCUCCAAUGCUUCGUUUUGGAUCAUCCCUCCCUCCUCGAUUUGAGUGCCCUGGUAGCAUCCCGCUCUGCGCUUGUUCGCGUGACAGCUAUUCAUCCGUAUAAAUUGUUGUCGUACUGGUAAUAAUUGCCCUUCUUUCUUGCUAUCAGGAUCGUCUUAGACUAUUUAUCAUCCGAGUGGUACACAUUUACAAUGCAUUGGUCUCCGAUGGGACCUGCUUAGUUGGCGCGUACUCGGGGGUAUGGGUUCGACCAAGACUUGGACUUCUGUUGUUCUUUCGAGCCUCCGACACAAAUAUUCUGG